AGUGCAUGCCGUCCAAACCACAAGUUUUAAAUUGCUCGAAAGUGAAGGUUGCGUUAGUUUGUUAGUCGGCCUGGCCAUGGAAUCGGAUGCUAUCGCUAAUGGAUCAGAAUUGCCUCGGGAGUCUAUAGAAAAUGAGGAUACAACCAGUUUGGCGAAUAUUCCUGGAGACUUUCCCGAUUAUGAUAUGGGUCAUCGCCGUAGAGGAAUAGCUUGCAUUUUCAACCACGACAAGUUUCAUCAAAAGACGUGGCCGGCUGACCGAAUCCCCUCCGAUCGUCCGGGUUCAAGUAAAGAUAGAGAUGACCUCACUCGAACGCUGAGCCAGUUGGAUUUUGAAGUCGAAUCUUUUGAUAAUCUUACGGCAGCUCAAGUUCGAAAAGAAAUUGCGAAACUUGCGGAAAAAGUCGAUCACACCGACCACGAUUGCCUUUUGGUCGUUGUGAUGUCACACGGCCAAGAUGGCAAAAUAUGCGCGUUCGAUACAAUGUACGACGUUGGAGAUGUCUGGAUGCCUUUUAGUUCGGACCAAUGCGCCACGUUGGUCGGCAAACCCAAACUAUUUUUCAUCCAGGCUUGUCGAGGGACAUUGCGAGAUUGCGGGACCGAAGUGAGUUACUCGUCAACGACAACUGAUGGACCCGGCGAGUAUUCCAUUCCGACGCAGGCCGAUUUCUUGUUUGUUUAUUCCACGAUUCCAGGCUAUGGAUCGUACCGUUCGGAAGAAAACGGCGCAGUAUUUAUCCAAGUUCUCUGUGAUGUGCUGUCACAACGAGGGCGACGUGAUGAUUUGAUCUCGAUUAUGACUGUCGUCCUGCGAAAAGUGGCUGUCGAGAAAAUACGUGGGAAGGAUGAAGUGAAGAAAACGAUUAUAGAAUUAUGUCAGAUGCCUUGCUUCAUCUCUCAACUUAUCCGUCAGGUUUAUUUUCCGCCAAAACCCACAGUCAGUACACCUGCAAAGCGCCGCUGCCUGUCGUAAUUAGUUUUAUUUAUUUUAUUUUAUUCGAUAUCCCUUCCAACAUCUUUAAAGCAAUUUUACCGAAUAAACGCGUCGUUUACGCCCACC